UCAACAGACUAAGCGACCCAGGGCCUCGCCAUGGUUCCUCGGCUCCGGGGGUUGGCCCUCCUCUACCUUCUGCUUGGCCUGCGGGGGUCCCUCGUGGCAGUCUUUGUCUCCCAGGAGCAAGCCCACAGCGUCCUGCACCGGCCCCGGCGCGCCAACUCGUUGCUGGAGGAACUGUGGCCGGGGUCCCUGGAGCGCGAGUGCAGGGAGGAGCUCUGCUCCUUCGAGGAGGCCCGGGAGAUCUUCAGGAGCGAGGAGAGGACGAAUCAGUUCUGGAUUUCUUACAACGACGGGGACCAGUGCGCCUCCAGGCCCUGCCAGAACGGGGGCUCCUGCGAGGACCAGCUCCAGUCCUACCUCUGCUUCUGCCUGGAUGGCUUCGAGGGCCGGAACUGUGAGACGAACAAGAAGAGCCAGCUGAUCUGCCCGAAUGACAACGGGGGCUGUGAGCAGUUCUGCAGGGGUGACGUGGAGGCUGGGCGCACCUGCUGGUGCCACGAGGGCUACGCGCUGCAGGCGGACGGGGUGUCCUGCACGCCCACAGUUGAAUAUCCGUGCGGAAAAAUGCCUGUUCUGGAAAAAAGAAACGACAGCAACCCCCAAGGCCGAAUCGUGGGUGGUCACGUCUGCCCCAAAGGAGAGUGUCCCUGGCAGGCCAUGCUGAAGCUGAAUGGGGCGCUGCUGUGCGGGGGCUCCCUGCUCGACACCGUCUGGGUGGUCUCCGCAGCCCACUGUUUCGACAGACUCAGAAGCUGGAGGAACCUGACGGUGGUGCUGGGCGAGCACGACCUCAGCCAGGACGAGGGUGACGAGCAGGCGCGGCAGGUGGCUCAGGUCAUCGUCCCCGACAAGUACGUCCGGGGCAAGACGGACCACGACCUGGCCCUGCUCCGCCUGGCGCGGCCCGUGGCCCUCGGCGACCACGUGGUGCCCCUCUGCCUGCCCGAGCCGGCCUUCGCCGAGGGGACGCUGGCCUUCGUGCGCUUCUCGGCCGUCAGCGGCUGGGGCCAGCUCCUGGAGCGCGGCGCCACGGCCCGCCGGCUCAUGGCCGUGCACGUGCCCCGGCUCCUGACCCAGGACUGCCGGCAGCAGUCGCGCAGGAGGCCCGGCGGCCCCGUCGUCACCGACAACAUGUUCUGCGCCGGCUACACGGACGGCAGCAAGGACGCCUGCAAGGGGGACAGUGGGGGCCCGCACGCCACCCACUUCCAGGGCACCUGGUACCUGACGGGCGUCGUCAGCUGGGGCGAGGGCUGCGCGGCCGCCGGCCACUUCGGCGUCUACACCCGGGUCUCCCAGUACACGGCCUGGCUCCGCCGGCUCAUGGGCUCCCCGCCGCCCUCGGGGGGCCUUGUCCGGGCCCCGCUGCUGCCCUAGCGCCCGCCCCGCAAAUAAAGCCGCCGUGUGUGCCCGGUCUUCGCGCACCAAA